AUGGCAGAUCCUACAGAGACUCCAUGCUACGAGUCCAAGAUCGAUGAGAUAUCGGAAGAAUUACGAGGAAGAGGGUUUGAUGAAAUACCAGCACCGGAGCACACAGUGGAGCGAACAGCAGAGCAGUUAUCACCUCAACCAGCAAGUCAUGUAGCCUCAGAUUUGUCGAGCACAACACCACACCCAGCACACCCAGCACCAGAGCUUUCUGAAGAGAGUUCAGCCGCAGAGGCGGCUAUCAAGCAUACAGAAAUUCCUCAUGCCUCGAGCGUUGAGCCAGUCAAUCCUCUAGCAGCAUCUUCGGUCGAAAUUUACAUCCAGCCCGAUGUCUCCACGCCAGGUCACAGGCUGGAGUCGAGUGAAAGUCAAGCAGACGAAUCAGAAUCGCUGCAACAUCAGCCCACGCUCAUACCACUACCAGCGGAUUCCCAGCAAACACCAGUAUUCCCAUUAGUAACAAAUUGCCAAGAAUCACAACAGCAGUUUCUCCAACUGGAAAAGCAACUUCGGGAGCUGAUGAUAUCAUUUCAACCAGCUUCAGCCCCUCUGCCUACUUUGGUAGCAUUACCAGCAGCAAGUCGGCACACGCAACUGGCUCCAGCGCCAGCGGAGCCAAUAAACCAGCCAAAACUGGAGUUGGAAUCAAAGUUUCGCGCAGAGAAAGAAAAGUUUCUAGAAUUGCAGAAGCUUCAUUCCGUGGAGUUAGCGAGGCAGCAAGAAAACAGGCUACUCCAUACACUAGAGUGCGAGAGGAAUGAAGAAGAAGUUAGGAGACGCAUGGAGAUUCUGUGGGAAGAGGGUGACUUGUUGGCAUACAUCGAGCUCAAGGAAGAUCUAAAGCUAAUGAUAGCAAUGCGCAAAGAAAUGAUGAGAGACUUCGAGCGUCGUCUUCAAGCAGAGUCAGUGAGGUAUGAAGAAAUGGGCAGAACUUACGAUCGUUGUAUAGUGCUAGCUUCCAGGUUGAGCGAAGGUCCGCAAGGAUAUGAAGAUGACGAAAUACAACCGUAUGAAGAGGAGCAGCACACACUGCAACAAGAAGAAGACCGACAAACAGAGCAGCCCGCAGAAAGCCACCAGUUACAGCAGCAUGAAGAUGAGCACCUCCAACAGCAUGAAGGAGGCUACUUGGCACAGCAGUACGAAGAGUAUAGCGUACAAGAUCACGAAGCAGACUACUACCAGCCACAGGAAGAGGAAGAAAACUAUGAAGUACAACUGAGGGAAUACGACCGGUCGCAGCACCGGGAUGAAUGGACACGGGGCGGGGAUGAAUGGACACGGGGUGUGGAUGACUGGUUGCAGCUGGACGAAUACUCUUGGGGACAGGGUAUGGAUUUCCAGGCAAUGCAAAACCCUUUUGAAGUACCUAUCCCAGUGGCCCCUCCCAUGGGCCGACCACAGUUAUCACACUGGGCCAAUCGCAGCAGGAGAAGACGCACGAGAACAGUUAGCAGAGUAUUUGUAUCGAGAGGACGGGGAAGUUUGAGAGAAGGUCAUGGAUCGGCGAGACGUAGAUGA